CGCCGCGGCGUGUGCGAGCGCGCGAGGCUCUUCAGCGGAGCGGAAGCGGAUGUUUGUUGUGAUUAGCGCCGGGGCUAACGGCGGCUCGUUAACGUACGUGGACGCGUACGACAACCAACCCGACGCUCCGAACCGCUGAAUCUGCGGGAAAAGCCGUCGGGAAUCACACGCGCGUUCUCCUAAAGCGCCCGGUUGGACGGCCGCGUGUCGGUUAAAGCGAACGCGAUGCGGCCGUCGGCUCUGAGGUGAUUUGUGUGACUCGUAACAGUCAGCCUCGUAUGUGAGGGAUCCGCAGUGAUGUCCUCCAAUCAGGGCUCGUCUCCGAUCUCUCAGUCCAGCGGCCCCGGUGAUGGGCUCUUCAGGAAGCCCCGGGACCCUUCGCUGGCCCCUAGACACUAUCGGACGCCACGCUCCUUACCGGACGUCUGCCCUAAAGAGCCCACCGGUGAGGGUCGUGCCCUCUGUGACGGGCCGUCUGUGGUGGCCGACCAGCACCGCUGGACUGUGUUUAACUCUAAGGUCAACCUCCCGGCGGCCCUCAACGAUCCCAGGCUGGCCAAGAGAGAGUCAGACUUCUUCACGAAGACGUGGGGCCUGGACUUCACCGAGACCGACGUCAUGCCCUCGUUCUACCUGCCCAGCAUCAGCCGAGAUCACUUCAGCUCGUACCUGCAGGAGACGGCUCAGAGGGAGAAGAUUCACGAGCGCUUCAAGAACGUUUGCCCGAGCAAAGACGAUCUGUCCGUGCCCACCAUCACCAACAAUCAUGAUAAAGCCAGAGCUGAACUGGAGCAGGUGCCCAAGAUCUUCAUGAAGCCUGAGUUUGUACUGAAUGAUCCAGCCACGUUUAACGCUGUGUUGCCGUGGUCUCACUUCAGUGUUGCCGGGGGCAAGAACAGCCGAGAUGUUGCAUCGUCACGGUUACUACAGGAAAAGUUGAGUCACUAUCUGGACGUGGUGGAGGUGAGCAUCGCUCGGCAGAUCUCUCUCCGCUCCGAGGCCUUUUUCCACGCCAUGUCGUCGCAGCAUGAGCUCCAGGACCGUCUGCGAGAGACGGCGGAGGCCGUGGCCAAGCUCCGCGCUCGCACCGCCGCCAUCGACCGUGUGAUGUGCCGCGGGCCGCUGCGAGCGCUGAGGGACGCACUCACACGAAACAACUGCAUCAAACUACACAACAAACUCAAGCUGAUGGCUGCCGUGCACCAGACGCAGCCCACGGUGCAGCUGCUGCUCUCCACCUCAGAGUUCGUGGGAGCGCUGGAGCUCAUCGCCACCACCAAAGAAGUGCUGCAGCAGGAACUGCAGGGCAUUCACAGCUUCAGACAUCUGGGCUCUCAGCUCUGUGAGAUGGAGAGGUUGAUCGAUAAGAUGAUGGUGGCUGAUUUCUCCACGUAUGCCCAGAGCGAUCUCAGCCGACCCUUCGAGGAGGACAGCCAGGUCCUGGAGAAGGUCACAGAGCGGCCUGCGGCAUCGGGAAAGGAUCGCCUGCAGUCUCUGGUCUUUGGUCUGUUGAGGCAGAGGAAGCUGGAUUUCCUGGACAUCUACAGCGAAGAGAUGGUGCGCGCCGCCAAGAACGUGGUUCGACAGUGUGUCGUGAAGUCUGUGUCGCAGAUCAGUGAGAUCGACGCCGACGCUGUCAAUAGGUUUCACGAGCAGAUGCGCCUGAUGACGUUUAAUCAGUGGUUUGAUCUGCUGCUGGAUAUUUUUGAACACUUCAUCCUGUUCCUCAAGAGGAUCAAGGCUACGCUUAGCGUCAUCCGCAACGUGGUGCUAGAGGUGCUGGACAGCAGCCAGAGGAGUCGCCUGGCGGACGUUUCCACGGCAACCGAUCAUGCUGACGGCAGGACCAAUGAGGACGAAGAGGAGGAGGAAUCUGGAGGCGGAGAGGCGGAGCUGGCAUAUCUCACGCACGAGGGGCUGUUCAUCAGCGACGCCCUGAAUGAUGCGGAGCAGCGCAGUAACGCCGCGGCACAUGCUCAGACGAGAGCGCAGGCGCGCACCGACGCCGGCGGGAGUGACUCGGCCUCCGCCACCACCGAGUCAUCCUCCAGCAGGGAACACAACUCCAACACUACCUCCUCCCUGCCCUUAGGGGGCGCCGCUGCCAUCAGUGAGGACGUGAUGCCGUCUGAUCUGGAGUUGGGUCGGGUGGCCAAUAACGUCCAGGAGCUGCUGUACACGGCCUCAGACGUCAGUCAUGACCGCUGCGUCAAAGUGCUCAUGACACGGGCCAAGGACGGCUCUCUGGAGCGUCUGAGCUCGUCAGAGUUCGUGUGUCUGAGUCAGGCGGUGGAGUCGUUCGUGUCGGACACCGAGGAGCUGUGCGGGCGGCGCAGCGUGAGCCUGAGGGGGGCGCUGCAGAGCCAGGCCUACCGCUUCGUGCAGCGCUUCCACGAGGAGCGCAAGACUAAACUCAGUCUGCUGCUGGAUAACGAGCGCUGGAAGCAGGCCGAGGUCCCCGCUGAGUUUCAGGAUCUGGUUGACUCCAUCGCUGACGGACGCAUCACUCUGCCCGAGCGCAAACCCUCUGGGUCCGAGGACAGGAAGCCCAGUGAGUUUCUGUUUGUGGACGGGCAGAAGUAUGCCGUGGUGGGGACGGUGCUGCUGCUGAUACGGAUGUUUCUGGAGUACUGCCAGUGUGUGAAUGACAUUCCCUCCAUCACCACCGACAUCCUCACACGCCUCGCUGACCUGCUCAAGCACUUCAACUCCCGCAGCUGUCAGCUGGUGCUGGGGCCGGGAGCUCUGCAGGUGGUCGGCCUGAAGACCAUCACCACCAGAAACCUGGCUCUGGCGUCUCGCUGUCUCCAGCUGGUGGUUCACUACAUCCCUGUGAUCCGAGCACACUUUGAGACCAGACUGCAGCCCAAACAGUACAGCAUACUGAGACACUUCGGCCACAUCACCAAGGACUACAACGAUCACAUCGCAGAGAUCUCCGCUAAGCUGGUGGCCAUCAUGGACAGCAUGUUUGAGAAGGCUCUGUCGAAGUAUGAGGUGAAGGCGCCGAUGCCGUCCGCCUGCUUGCGUAACGUGUGUAAACAGAUGGCCAAAAUGCACGAGGCCAUUUAUGAGCUCUUACCGGAGGAGCAGACGCAGAUGUUGUUCCUCAGGAUAAACGCCAGCUUUAAGCUGCAUGUGAAGAGACAGCUAGCGCGGCUAGGAGUCAUCAAUGAUGGAGGACCUCAGUACGGGCUGGUGAUGGUGGACGUGGCGUUUUACUCGGAGAACGUGCAGGCUCUGCGCUCUCUGGAGCGUCUGGACUUAAACAUGCCGGAGAUCUGGGAGCAGAAGAGGUGAUGACGGACAGCUAGUCUCGGCCAAUCAGGCCUCUCCGUCACUCCUGCCAUCUCAGUGACCAGCUCCGAGGUCGGUGGACAAACAGACUGACGCUCUCCACCUCCUGUGCUGACAGGACAGGCUUCUACAGAGACCAAAUCAGGACAAGCUGGAGGGUUGAUCAGUCGCCGCUGGGAAUUGUGGGGAAUGUUGUUUUGUUGCCGGAGACUCGUCCUCAGUGCCUCCUUCAGUACCGCCACUACAGUGCAACUUUCCCUUCGUGUGCAAUUCUGAUUAUUGUUGUUAUUAUUGCUGAAUUAUUUAAUCACAGAGGAAUCAUGAAAUGGUUAUUUAUUUUAAUCAAUUUUGAUGUUGGUUGAUCAAUCAUGUUUUUGUUUUUUUUUGUUUUUUUCCACGUGAAGCUUUCAGGUCAUAACGGCCAGAAGGAGAACUAAUACUAAAAAGGGUUUUAAACACAUUUCGCUGACUACUUCUUUGACUUUCCACCCACAUUUUUUUUUUUUAGUGGCUGCUUUUGGUUUCGUGUUCAAGGCCGCUGAGUCGAAGUGUUAAAACUCUGAAGGAAUUCUGGUCCAGGUUUUUCAGGAGAAUCUGACUAUUUAAAAGAGGUUUAUAUGUGUACAUGAAGAAGAUCUGCUGUACUCAUCUUCAAUGAAAUCAAAUCAAAUCUUUUACAGUAAUCAGGAUUAGAUGAGUGCUGCAAAACAAUGAAUCACAUCCAAAAUAAACGCUUUUUGUUUACAAUACGUGUGUGUGUGUGUGUACUGUGUAUAUUUAUUAUUUAUAUUUAAAUACACAUACACGUGUAUAUCAAAGAAGAAUGUUAUAGUAACGUAUUAAAUAUAUUUCUAAUAUUAAUAUAUGCAUGUAAAUAUUUCUAAAAUGUGUGUGUAUUUAUAUAUACAUAAUAAAUAUGCACGGUACACAUACAUCUUUUAUUUUAGAUGUGAUUAAUCGUUCAGCACUAGAUGCAAACUAUUGAAGAUGGUGUUUAAACUCACCCCCAGAAGAGAAAGAGAAACCGUCUGAAAGUGAAAGAUCUUUACAUCUUUAUAGUUUCCUGUCCAUGCAGACUAAAGCGUACGCAGUGUUACUUUAACCCGAUGUCAUGUGAGUAAAUCGAGGCUUGCGGUCGGUCGGUGUGAAUGGUUUUCAAUCACAUCUUGUUUUGCUGAGUUUCUGUUCAGGAGGAUCCACGUAUCGCUUUAACACUCGUUCUGUCCGGUUCAAAAGUGCCUAACCUUUUAUUUGGUAUCAAACUGACUCAAACUGUACAUUUGUGGGCUACAGUGCCUAGUCUGUUCGUGUGUGUGUGUGAGUGUGUAUGAGUGUGUGUUUCGAGGGCCCUUGUUGCGGCAAAGAAAUAUACUGAUGGGAAACUCUUGUGGCAUGUUUGACCUUUUAAAAUGUGGUACUUUUUAUUAUUAAUAAAGCCACGGUGAACAUAAA